UGGUUUGUGACAGUUGGGAGGGAGGAGUGAUGUUUUCGAAACUUGAGAACUUGUACUUAGAAAGCAGCGAUUAGAAGACCCUGGGGACGCAGGCCUGCCGUCCUCGCGCGGCACCAGCGGUGACGGCAGCAACGGUUCCGGUGCUGUGCGACGAGGCCGCCCCGCGUGUCCCUGGUGCCCCGGGAUGAGGACGCCACUGUCCCCCGCAUCUCACGCGGCUUCGCACGCGUGGGCUUCCGGCCUGCCCCUUACCCACCCGCUGUGAAGCUUGUGAUGUGCAGGGACCGAUUUAAUUCGAAGGUGGGAACCACCUGUAACUCUGCAAUGCAGUCUCUGAUUUAAUGUAUUUGGGAGUUUUUUAAAACAUGGACCCCUGUGUCAGCAUCCUUAUUACAAGUAAGUUCUUGUAACAGUCUCAUUCCAUCAUAUACUGGGAAAGGUAUUGCUGUUACUACUUCUCUAGUAGAAGGAUGAUAAUGAAGAUAAUUCAAAUGAUGGGACCCAACCAUCCAAAAGGAGGCGAAUGGGCUCAGGAGAUAGCUCUAGGAGUUGUGAAACUUCAAGUCAAGAUCUUGGCUUUAGUUACUAUCCAGCAGAAAAUUUGAUAGAGUACAAAUGGCCACCUGAUGAAACAGGAGAAUACUAUAUGCUUCAAGAACAAGUCAGUGAAUAUUUGGGUGUGACCUCCUUUAAACGGAAAUAUCCAGAUUUAGAGCGACGAGAUUUGUCUCACAAGGAGAAACUUUACCUGAGAGAGCUAAAUGUCAUUACAGAAACUCAGUGCACUCUAGGUUUAACAGCAUUGCGCAGUGAUGAAGUGAUUGAUCUAAUGAUAAAAGAAUAUCCAGCCAAACAUGCUGAAUAUUCUGUUAUUCUACAAGAAAAAGAACGUCAACGAAUUACAGACCAUUAUAAAGAGUAUUCUCAAAUGCAACAACAGAAUACUCAGAAAGUCGAAGCCAGCAAAGUGCCUGAGUAUAUUAAGAAAGCUGCAAAAAAAGCAGCUGAAUUUAACAGCAACUUAAACCGGGAACGCAUGGAAGAAAGAAGAGCUUAUUUUGACUUGCAGACACAUGUCAUACAGGUGCCUCAGGGGAAGUACAAAGUGUUGCCAACAGAGAGAACAAAGGUCAGUUCUUACCCCGUGGCUCUCAUCCCCGGACAGUUCCAGGAAUAUUAUAAGAGGUACUCACCAGAUGAACUGCGGUAUCUGCCAUUAAACACAGCCCUGUAUGAGCCCCCUCUGGAUCCUGAGCUCCCUGCUCUAGAUAGUGAUGGUGACUCAGAUGAUGCUGAAGAUGGUCGAGUUGACGAGAAACGGAAAAAUAAAGGCACUUCGGACAGCUCCUCUGGCAAUGUAUCUGAAGGGGAAAGCCCUCCUGAGAGCCAGGAGGACUCUUUCCAGGGAAGACAGAAAUCAAAAGACAAAGCUGCUACUCCAAGAAAAGAUGGCUCCAAACGUUCUGUACUGUCAAAAUCAGUUCCUGGGUACAAGCCAAAGGUCAUUCCAAAUGCUAUAUGUGGAAUUUGUCUGAAGGGUAAGGAGUCCAACAAGAAAGGAAAGGCUGAAUCACUUAUACACUGCUCCCAAUGUGAUAAUAGUGGCCAUCCUUCUUGCCUGGAUAUGACCAUGGAGCUUGUUUCUAUGAUUAAGACCUACCCAUGGCAAUGUAUGGAAUGUAAAACAUGCAUUAUAUGUGGACAACCCCACCAUGAAGAAGAAAUGAUGUUCUGUGAUGUGUGUGACAGAGGUUAUCAUACUUUUUGUGUGGGCAUUGGUGCUAUUCCAUCAGGUCGCUGGAUUUGUGACUGUUGUCAGCGAGCCCCCCCAACGCCCAGGAAAGUGGGCAGAAGGGGGAAAAACAGCAAAGAGGGAUAAAAUAGUUAUUUGACUAAUAUUGUAUAUGCAUUUAAGUUGAAUAUUUGGUGCCAAUUUACAACAUUUUCAUUUUUAUGCCAAUAAAAAAAAAUUUUUUUUGAAAUUAA